AUGGUUGCUAAGCACACUGGUCAUAGCGUAGUUCACUUAUUCGUUGUUUCUUUCGGGGAGGGUGUAGUUGAUGAAGAAGAUGAGGAGGAUGAAGAUGAGGACAGAGGGAGAGUUGACCUUAAAGACCCUUGGUGGCGUGAUAGGACUAGUGAUGAUGAAGAUCUUUUUGAUGUAGAUCUUGAUGACAUUGAUAGUGGGGCUAGACCAUCAAAUACAAAACCAAAUAGUCAGGAAGAGGAACAGGAUGGGGAUGAAAGAGGUGUUGAAGAGGGUGAGGAUGAUAUAGGUGAUGAACAUGAUAAUGACGAGGGUGAGGGUGAUAGAGGUGAUGAACAUGGUAAUGAUGAGGGUGAGGGUGAAGAUGAUAGAAGUGAUCAUCAUGGUAAUGAUGGGGGAGAUGCUGGUGUUAACGGAGGUGAAGGAGGCAACAGUAGCCAUAAUUUGAAGACAUCUUGUGACGGCGACGAUGAUGAUGAUGAUGACGAUGACAACUCCGAAAUGGCUAGGAGUGAUAUACUUGAGUCGCCAGUCAUCAGUGAUGAAGAUUGUGAAACACAUUCUGCAGGUGCAGUAGAUUUUCAUGCUAUGGAUCUAGUGGAUCCAGUCAUUAAACUUGAGAUGAAAUUCACAAACAUUCAAAUGUUUAGGGAAGCUAUGAGGGUGUACAAUGUGAAGAGGGGAAAUGAUGUCAAAUUUACGAAAAAUGAAACAAUGAGAUGUGUAGCGGUAUGCAGGGAUGCCAAAUGUAAUUACAAGGUAUAUGGAAGGAAGAUGCCUGAUGAAGAAUCAUUUCAGGAGAAAUGGCGUGUUGAUGUGAACCUAAGUAUGAUAUACAGAGCUAGGAGGAAGGCCAAACAAAGAUUGUAUGGGAAUCUUGAGGACCAAUAUGGGAGGUUGUGGGACUAUUGUGAAACCUUGAGGCAUACUAACAGUGGAAGUUGCGUUGUGAUGAAAGUUGACAGACCAAACCUAAUUUUGCCUCCAAAAUUUGGAAGACUAUAUGUUUGUUUGGCAGCCAUGAAGAAAGGCUUUUUGGAGGGUUGCAGGCCGAUCAUUGGGGUAGAUGGGUGCUUCAUAAAAGGACCAUUCAAGGGCCAACUCCUUUCUGCAGUUGGAAGGGAUGGGAACAACAACAUGUACCCAAUUGCCUUUGCGGUUGUCGAAGCCGAGGUUAAAGACAGCUGGAUCUGGUUCCUUGAAACCCUUGUCUCUGAUCUUGGUACCCAUGCCAGGCAUGCUAGGCCUACAUUCAUUUCAGAUCGACAGAAGGGUCUAAUGCCAGCUUUUGAGGUUGUUAUGCCCAUGGUUGAUCACAGGAUAUGUGUUAGGCAUUUAUAUUCCAACUUUAGAGACAUUGGGGGGCAUCGAGGGUUGGCACUGAAGGAACAGUUGUGGUCUACAGCAUCUUCAUACACAGAAUAUGAAUUGAAUGAUCAUAUGGAAGAGUUGAAGAAGAUGAAUGAAGCUGCAUAUGAAUAUUUGAGUCAGAUUGACCCUAGUACAUGGUCUAGGGCAUGGUUUAGUGACUACCCAAAGUGCGACCUCCUAGUCAACAACAUCUGUGAGUGUGUCAACUCAAAUAUUUUGAAGGCUCGUGACAAGCCCAUCUUGACCAUGUUUGAGAUGAUAAGGAAGAAGCUGAUGCGGAGAUAUCAAGCUAAGAGGGAAGGGAUAGAGAAGUUGACUGAGAAGUUAAUCCCCAGGAUUGCUUCAAAGUUGGAAGAAAUUGGGUUACAAGCAGUAGACUGCAUUGCACAGUAUGCUGGUGAUUCUAUGUUUGAAGUUACUUGUCCAGAUAAUAGACAAUAUGUGGUAGACCUUGGCAGAAGGAGGUGUGGUUGUAGGCAGUGGGAAAUUACUAGAAUCCCAUGUCCCCAUGCAGUGGCUGCUGUACUCUAUGAUUGUGGGGACCCUGAAGAUUAUGUUUGA